ACAACACUCCGAGAAUCCAGAUUUUCACACGAAAAGUCCAAGAUGAGCACAUACGUAUUGCCCCAGGACUCAACGGUCCUUGUCACUGGUGCCAACGGCUACAUAGCAUCGCAUGUAGUUGAUCAACUACUCCAAGCCGGUUUCAGGGUCCGAGGAACCGUUCGUUCCCCGAAGCCAUGGUUGAACGAAUACUUUGAUCAAAAAUACGGCAAGGGACGGUUCGAAACGGUCCUCGUUAGUGAUUUCAGCCAUGUCCCAACGUUGGAAGCUGCUGUGCAGGGUGUAUCUGGGAUUGCUCAUCUUGCAUCCGAUCUUACAUUCGGUUCGGACCCUCAAGCUGUUAUCCCAUGGGUGGUGGAUGCGAUCCGGAAGAUCCUUCUGGUUGCGUCCAAGCAACCCAGCAUCAAACGGGUUGUUCUGACAUCCUCAUCGCGGGCUGCUUAUACCCCCGGCAAGAACGAAACCAAGGGUCUUGUAGUGGAUGAGAAUACGUGGAACGACCAAGCCAUCAGAGCUGCAUGGGAUCCAAAUACCCCAGCCGAUAUCAAGCCUCUUGAAGUGUAUUCUGCUUCCAAGGCCGAGGCAGAGAAAACGGCCUGGGAAUGGGUGGGUGAAAAUAAACCGUCUUUUGUAUUGAAUACUGUCCUGCCUGACUUUAACACUGGUCGAGUCCUCCUCCCCGAGAUUUUCGGAUCGACGAUGGGAUAUACUCGUGCACUUCUCAAGGGAGAUGAUAUCAUGCUUAAGAUCUUUCCUCCACAGCAAUACGUCGACGUCCAAGACACCGCACGCCUCCAUCUGGCUGCUCUCCUAAGCCCCGACGUCAAGUCUGAACGACUGUUCGCCUUUGCAGGGUCCAGGAACUGGUCUGAGCUUGUUCAUAUUUUGCGAAACUUGCGACCAAACAACAAGUUAAUUCCAGAUGCCCUUGGACAGGGAUAUGAUGAGACUAAAGUCAUUCCGGCUUCGAGGGCUGAGGCGUUACUGAAGGAUCUUUUCGGUAGACCGGGCUGGACUUCGUUUGAAGAGAGUAUCGAGGCUGGUAUUGACGGGCUUGAGUAAUUAUAUUGUUGAGAGUAUAUUAGUAGGCAGCCAUACUUAAACAGUCAAUCUGAGCGUGUCUUUCUGCUUGAGAUACGCAGUUAAAGAACAAGAACAGAGUCAAACCAGC